CCGAAACCAAAACAAACAAAUUUGAGGUUACUGCAUGCGUUGGGUGCAGAACAUACGACUGAAAUAAAAUUGUAAACAUAAAUUUGUUGUUUGGAUAAAUAUAAAAUGGACGCCGAUGAUAUUGCUCUUCCUGCGGAUACACUUAAGAUACUCAAUGAGUUUCUGGAAGAAAAAGCAAAAAGGGAGCGUGAGGAGUUGGAACGUAUAGAUAAGAAAUCGAAUGCCGAUAUUAUGUUUGAAGAAGAUUGGCAAUUGAGUCAGUUUUGGUAUAGUGAAUCAACCAAGCAAGCGCUAGGUAAAUUGGUAAGCAAGCUGCUAGGUGAACAAGAGAAUGAGACAAAUGUGAACAACUACCGCAUAGCUCUACUGUCUUGCCCAUCGCUCUACACCACUGUCAAACAAGUGCACAACAAUGUGAGAAUCUUUGAGUUCGACAAACGCUUCUCAGCUUAUGGCGACGACUUCGUAUUUUAUGACUUUAAUAAUGCGGAGGAAAUUGGAUAUUUGCAAGAAUACAAAGAAUCGUUCGAUCUUAUCAUAGCCGAUCCACCAUUCUUGUCCGAAGAAUGCAUAACUAAGAUGUCUAAAAUAAUCAGCAAUUUACAAAAACCAACUACGAAAGUAGUUUUUUGUUCCGGUGCCGUGGUAGAACCAUGGUUGACCAACUGUUUACAAUUAAAGAAAUGUAGCUUUGAGCCAACCCACGAGCGAAAUUUGGGCAAUGAGUUUGUUUCCUAUGCGAACUUUCAGCUUGACAACUACUUAAGUUAAUAAUUGGUUUAGUAUAACUGUUACAAUAAAAAAAAUAAUAAUUUAAGUGUAUAUAAAUGUAAUAUAUUUUUAAGCUUGUUCACGUUAAUAAGUCUGGGAGAUUUUAUCAAUGCUAAACAUUUAUGAUGAAUAAAGCAGCACACGUAUCAAGUUCAAUAAAUUAUACCAACUUAA